ACACAUGUAUACAUGUAGCAAUCGAUAUCAAGAUGGCUGAUUUCGAAGAAGAUUCGCGGAUUGAGUUGUGGCGGAAAAGUUUAAAUUCUCAUCCGAUUUUUGACAACUUAAGACACAACGGAAAGUAUGCACCUCAUAGAACAGAACCAGAGAAACUGUUGGUGGUUCGGGAAGGCCAGUUAUUCGCUUGGGACACUAGAGAAAGUCGCCUUUUGACGAUGAAUUUGAAAGAUCUGCUCGACGCAGACGACGUCCAGUCGUGCAACAGAAUGCAGAGGCUCCUAUGCACUAACACACCAAGGUUUGACAUUGAGCAUAUUGACCUGAGUGCAACAGGUCAUCAUGUUCUACUUUGGGGUGCCAAAGGUGCAUCAGUGAUGACACUUCCAAGACGACAUGGACAGUAUGGACAAUUUGAGGCAGGAAAGGAACAAAUCAACUGCAGAACAGCAAUCUUGGCGGAGAGAUUUAUGAUGUCAAGUGGUACGCUACGCUUGCUGCAAGCUGCCUGGUACCCAGGAAGUGACACUGAUAGACACUUGGUUCUUCUUACUUCUGACAACACAUUAAGGAUCUAUGACAUGACUUCACCACACAAGCCAAUCCAGUGUCACAGAUUAGGGGAGUAUUCCACCAGCUACUCACUGUCGGCCAACAGGUCAACGUUUGAGGUGGCUCUAGGAGAUAUAGCUGUGGCAUUUGACUUUGGACCAGCAAUGGAAGAACCUACAAGACCUGGAAGAAGGCCCAGUGCUCCAGUCCCGUUCUUGUUCCCAAUUUACAUCUUAAAAGGCAAUGGAGAUGUCUUUUUACUCCUGACGAGUUUAUCAGAACCAAGGUAUGUCCAUACAGAUCUACAAGGGCCCCUGACCAUGCAUCCACCAGCAGAAGACAACUAUGGCCUAGAUGCCUGCAGUAUAAUGUGCCUUCAUACUAGUCCUGUUGUACUAGUGGUGGCAACCUCUGGUGGUAUACUACAUCAUUGCAUUGUACUGAGUGGGGAUGAAGAUGAUGAUGAAGAUGAUCACUCUGUAACAUCAGCAUCCCUGUCAGACAUUGGUAGUGUUGGAGGCAAGUCUGAUGCAUCUCUCUAUGUGUAUGAGAGUGUUGAGUUAUCACUCACUGUAUUAUCAGAUGAAUAUCCUGAGGAUACUGCCUACCCAAUUCUUCUACUCAAAGAUCCUUCCUCACCGUGUGAGUACUACUGUUCCCAUAGUGCUGGUGUACACUGUGUCACAUUGUCCUGGCUACAGAAACUCAUACAGUACUGUUCCUCAGAGCGUGAAGGGACUGAAGAUGGUACAGUCAUGGAUGUCAUCAAUCAAGACCAGCCCUGCAUAGUAGCACACAUGAUAUGCACCAAGCCAUCAGAAUCAUGCCCACCUGCUCCCAUCCUGGGUUUGACUAUAGUGACUGAUCAUCUACUGGGCAAGGCUCUACUGUGUCGUACAUCCACCAAUGACUGCAUUGUCACUCCUCUCAAAAACACUGAGGUGCCAUCAGCUCCACCCCUGAUAUCUGAAGGAGGUUCUCAAAAGAUGGAGUCACCGCUCAGAAAUCUCAGCUCAGAACCAUUCCAGAGUCAUAUCAGGAAAAUACUGCAGAGAAAUGUGUCCAACCCUAUUCUAAAAGGCAGUUCCAAGACUAGUCUGAGCCCCAAGGAGAGUUUGGAGCUGAUUUGUAGUGCCACUAAGGUACUGCGAGAGGAAUAUAUCAUCAAGCAGGACUUGGCAAGAGAUGAAAUAGAGAAACGAGUGAAGAUUCUUCAACAGCAGAAGGAGCAACAGAAAGCUGAUCUUCAAGAUGGCAACAAACUGAAGAUUGAUAUACAGAACCAAGCUGAGGAGAUUGCAUCUAGAUACAGUGAUGCACAAGAUAAACAAGAGCAACUCAUGGAUAGGGUUGGGGCUGUACUUCAUGCAUUGCAAAGCCAACUACCGGUGCUGUCUGAGGCUGAGCAAAGUCUACAAAGAGAAAUGACUGAUUUGGAACAGAAGCUGGAAAAGCUCAAAGAUUCAUUCGCACAGGUUAAAGUCAAAGAUGAGUAUCGUAAGAAGAAGAUUCAAGAGCAGAGCCAGAAGUCUCAGAGCCCUUCCCUCAGCCAAGGACAGAACAGACACAUCAAGACACUCAUCAAAGAAGAAAAUGAUGCCAUUGCUUCAUUAGUCAAAGAAAUCAAGAAUCUCACUGUUGCUGUGGGACAUUGAGUCGUGGAAUGACCAGGAGCGUCCUUUGAGUAAUCAUCAUCAGCCCUCCCCCCUCAGGAUUGUAUAUGGACAUGGACAUUGAACAUACAGAUCAUUGGCAUGAAUUAUUGUGAUGCUGUAGGACAGUGAAUUGAUACUUUCAACAUCUUUUUUUGAAUAAUCAACUUCAGCCAUUCUUGAACCUGAAGAGCCUCACAUAUGAUCUUUAUUUCCCAAAAUAACCUUGUUAAAUGGGAGAUAUGUGAUAAACUACUGUAUGGGUAUUGUUGUAUAUCCAUUUGUAUCCCAGAUAGUGGUGGUGGGAAGGGGGGGGGGGGGGGGGGGGUGGGUGUGCAA